AUGUUGACUGUCCAUAAAAUGCAUUUUAGCAUCUUCCUCCUGUUGUGGGGAUGGGUUUUAUCCACUGAAUGCAGAGCCCACAGACAAGGAAAGGAAAUACAUGAGGUAUACAAAAAAGGCAGCCGGCCGCAGCGGCAGCGACGGGAAGCCCACGGUGAAGGACACAAGCAAGGCAGCCCAAUCCUAAAACGAAGCCCUGACAUCACCAAAUCUCCCCUGACAAAGUCAGAGCAGCUGCUGCGAAUAGAUGACCAUGACUUCAGCAUGAGACCCGGGUUUGGAGGCCCUGCAAUUCCUGUUGGGGUGGAUGUCCAAGUUGAAAGUCUGGACAGCAUUUCUGAGGUGGACAUGGACUUCACCAUGACGCUUUACCUAAGGCACUACUGGAAAGAUGAGAGACUGUCCUUCCCCAGCACCAACAACCAAAGCAUGACCUUUGAUGGCAGGCUGGUGAAGAAAAUCUGGGUCCCUGACAUGUUCUUUGUCCACUCCAAGCGUUCUUUCAUCCACGACACCACCACAGACAAUGUCAUGCUGCGAGUCCAGCCAGAUGGGAAGGUACUUUACAGCCUCAGAGUUACGGUAACGGCAAUGUGCAACAUGGAUUUUAGUCGCUUCCCACUGGACACACAGACAUGUUCCCUGGAGAUUGAAAGCUAUGCCUACACUGAAGAUGACCUUAUGCUCUACUGGAAGAAUGGAAACGAUUCCCUAAAAACAGAUGAGAGGAUAUCGCUGUCCCAGUUCCUGAUCCAGGAGUUUCACACCACCACAAAGCUUGCCUUUUACAGCAGCACAGGGUGGUACAAUCGCCUCUAUAUAAACUUCACUUUACGCCGACACAUCUUCUUCUUCUUGCUCCAAACCUACUUCCCUGCCACCCUCAUGGUCAUGUUGUCCUGGGUGUCCUUCUGGAUCGACCGACGAGCAGUUCCUGCCAGAGUCCCAUUAGGGAUAACCACUGUGCUGACCAUGUCCACGAUCAUCACUGGGGUGAAUGCCUCCAUGCCUCGUGUUUCCUACAUCAAAGCAGUGGACAUUUACCUGUGGGUCAGUUUUGUGUUUGUCUUCCUCUCGGUGCUGGAAUACGCGGCUGUGAAUUACCUGACUACGGUGCAGGAGCGGAAGGAGAGGAAACUGCGGGACAAGCUUCCCUGUGCAUGCAGCCUACCUCAGCCCCGGCCCAUGAUGGUGGAUGGCAGUUACAACGACGGGGAUGUGAAUGAACUGGGGCACUACAUGUCUGAGAACGGGGACAAACAAGACCGAAUGAUGGUGCAGCUGGCGCUGGGGUCUGAGAGGGGUUCGGGCAGGAGGAAAAACCAGAGAUACGUCAGCAUGAGGAUCGACACUCAUGCCAUUGACAAGUACUCCAGGAUAAUAUUCCCUGGUGCAUACAUCCUAUUUAACUUGAUAUACUGGUCCAUUUUUUCAUAAACAUACUUAACUCCUGUAGUCACAGAGCAUUGUGACAUUCAAUGAAAGUACAGUCUCAUAGGCUAACAGAUAAAACUCACUUGUGGCAUGAAUAAUUGUGCGAGUUGUUGUGCAUUUCAGCAAAAUAGAGGUGAUAUGAUCGGAAGUUUUAUACUUACUUAAAGCUGUGCUACGUUCUUUCUUGUGCCUCAUAGGCCACUGUAAACUAUUUUAAUAAUUAAGUGACUAUAAGUGCUAGUUGCUUAUAUAUAGUGCAUCCUCCAUUUAGUGCCCCUGAGAUCCUAAUUCUUUAAGUACCCGAGCAUGUGCAUGCAUCUUUCAACUCAGCAGAAUUCUACACAUUCAAUAACAGUAAAAGCAAGAAUAUGCAAAUACUUGCAUGCUUGCAGGAUGAGGUCAGAAACGGCCAUUACAUACACAAAACAUCCAGUACUGGAAAACACUUUGACAAUGUUAUUGCUAGCUACAGCUUGCUUUCACUGCUUAAUGCAUGCUGCCCUCACAGUACUGCGCUGGCAAGUCCACACAGGAAUACUUUCAGAGUUGUACUUUGUCCUGAUCGUAUCUAAAAGAAAGAAAUCUCGCCAAGCUAUUUUGACUAUCUUUUUAAAGUAUGACUUGCAAUGUACAUUCACUAAGGAACAGCGCUAAUCAAAUCCUUUGGAAACACAGGAGCUCUCCUUGGAUCUGCUUAUUUGAGUCAGUGGGAGUUUUCUCCUUGGGUUUCCUGGGAAAAGAAACAGGUCUCUGUACAAAAUGACCCAGUGAAGACAACCAAGUGUCUACAAAGAGCAAAACUACUCUGUGAGAAGCCCAUUUUCUCUGAGAUAGUCUGGGCAUUACUGGUCUGUACAGCCUGAGAACCUGUUGCAGCCUGUAAAGCCACCAGUAGUUGUAUCUGCUUCCAGGAAAAGCCUAGUUCAUCUGGGUUUUAGUAAAAGCAUAAUAGAAAGGUGCUUAACAGGUGACAAAGCAGUAGUAAGGGCCUUAUAUUUGAGUUACUAGAGAUACCAUGCCAAAAACUUCAGAGUGAAGUAAAAAAGAACUUCCACCACGAGGUAGCAGCUCCACU